UUCGCCUGUUUCGUCAUAAGUGAGGUUAUGUGUUUGUUUUGUUUGUGAAAAUGGAAACAUUUAGAUGUGAAUAGAGUCUGAGUUGCGCUCAUUUACGUCCAGGAAUAGCUGUUCUUCGUUGAAGAUCGUUCAAUAAUGAAUUUGUAUGAAAUUUUCGGUCAGUUUCUGAAAAUUUUAAAUAUUGUGUAUUUUUGGGGGUAAUUUGAAGCCAACUUUCAAAGUAUCAAUGCAUUUUUCCUCCUGUCAGUUGACAGUUGAGUCUCUCACUUUAAAACUGUUCUCAAACCCUUGAUCAAAUCUGAGAGCUAUGGAAUCACCGCCCAGUAAUUUGGUUGAGACUAUGGAAUCACCGCCCAGUAAUUUGGUUGCGACUAUGGAAUCACCGCCUAGUAGUUUAAUUGCAAAUGAACAUGACUACACCGCAGUUGAGGUGCCCCUAGAAGCAAUUAAACAGGAAUUGUCAGAAAACUUAGAUGAUGAUGACGACAUUCAAGAAAUACUUGUGGAUAAGUCACCAGAUUAUGUCCAAAGAAUACCAAUUGUCCUCCGUGACAAUAAACCCAAGCUUAGAGUCCGAAAGGAUACCCAUGUUCCUAGGACAUCCCCCUCACUAAUAAAACCGCCAAAGCGGUCAUUACUCAUACCAUCGCAGAAAAAAUCCUUGCUACUUCCACGUCCUGUGCCCAUCAUGCCCAAACUCCAAUUCUCACUUCCCGUUUCUCCCAAUUCUAAUGUGGAACCGCCUAAAAAUUGUAAGGGUGUCAUGGUUGUCCAAGACAUUAAGGUUUGCACAAUGUAUGUUCCAAAGUCAGAAGAUGGUAGUGCUACCAAGAUGACUCUUCCAAUGGGUGCAUUUACUGCGUCUCCUGCUGUAAAGUCCACCUUAACACCUCCAAUAAUUUUUCCUUCAAAGCAAUCCAAUGAGGUACAGACCACUAGUGCAACUGCAACUACAACGGUGGAAGUAAAUUUAACUGGAAACAAGAUUAGGAACAACAGAAAGAGUCCAGCAGAACCUCAUACUAUUACUGCUCCAAUCAUUCUUGCCAACAAGAAGGAUGCUACUAAACCGACUUACUCACUAGUUGAAGAUGUUCAAGUACAAAUCAGUGACAGGUUACCACUAUGUUGGUUCAGUGCUGUUGAGAAAGAUGGGAUUAAUGUAAUGUUGCUAUCCUUUGGAAGAGAAAAAGCUAUCCAGCGUAGAUUAUUUGUGUCCGUAACUGGAAAUGUUGAAAUUACUGUUCAUUGCAAGCCACUGCUCGAAACCUUCGUUAGUGACAUUCUUAAACAAGCCGGUGAAUCUGUGAGCCUUACUGCAGAGACAGUAAAAGACUUCAGCGACUGGGUCUUGAAAUUAGUUCAUAUUCUUAGGGAUUUUCAUGUGUGCAUUGGUUUAGAAUGGAUAAACCCAUCUCAAGAGAUUAUUGAACAAUGCAAUGUUAUUCUUGAUAGCAAUCCUUAUCAAGAAUCUAGGUAUUCAGAGACUUUGAGAUCCAAGAACUGCUUGAAACUUGUGGAAUCAGGUAAAAGAAAAUGCUUAGAAUGCUGCAAAGCAAAUUCUGCUGCCUCUAAGUAUGCCAAGUGCGGCCAUAAGAGCACCCAAACACCAACAAAGAAAAAGAAAUGUAAUGCAUCUGUGGGCCCAGACGGUGAUGACACUGUGUAUUUGGUGAGAGGUAAGAGUCCAGAGCACCAUCCUAAUUCAAAAGCGUCUGAAAGUUCCAGAGGUAAAAAGCGUAACUUAGUCUUAAAAAUUAAGAAAGGCAAAGUAAUGGCCUAAAUGCCUCAAUAAUUUUGUGUCAUUUUCUCUUGUCGAAUUUGUUGGUCUCAUUCAUUUAACUUACAUUUUAAAUAAUCUCCAAAUUGUAGUAGACCUCAUUCUUUUUCUUUUUUGUUGUUAUUUUUAAUUAUGUUGUCUGUUACCCAAGGUGACGAGCUUAUGUGAUACGCAUAAUUUAAUUUCACUUUGUAAAUAAAUAUCUCGUGAUUGUUUUUUUUUUCAAUA